GAAAAACAAUGGUCAUUCAGCGAAGUUGGAAGAUACCCACGGACGUGGCGGGAUCCCUGAAUAACACAUCGACAUCUACGUCAAACGAUGUGCAGCAGCAACGCUCCUCUCCGGGCCUGCAGCUGCAGGCAACCAAUUCCUCCUCGGACGACUCUGAUUGCUCCAAUCAAACCACACAUUCAAUGGACACACGAGUGGCCAGUCCGGCGGGCGAUUCCGGUGUUCGCAAGCAGCCGGAAAAACAGGAUGGCACCGUCGAAACUAUCACACUUUCCCUGCUGGGCGAGUCCACGUCUUCAGAGACAGAACCCGCACAGAAAUUUGUAACAACGGCGGAUAUGGCAGAGACAAUGUUGCAGCGCAUUCGGCAACGCUUGGGCGGUUCACACAACAUGGAAAGCGGCGGCAGUGCCGAGUCCGCAAUGAGGGCGCUGGAACUACUAAGGAUCAGUGUGCAGCAAUCCUUUGAUGCGGAGGUUAAUGAGAUAAUCAAACGAUACAUGAACAAUUAUUUUAAGCCCGCUUUUGGCAACAUAAAGGAGAAUCUUGGCCAGCAUUCGGUUAACGAGGAAACGCUGCAGAAGAUGUCCUCGUGCGCCCUGCUGGAAAAUGCUAAGGCUCAGUACACCAACUUUGUGCGCCAGCAUCGUCUGGUGGCCGCAGCUACCACAGAGCAGCAACGAUUGGCUCUUAAGCGCACAGCCAAGCAGGAGAUUAGUCCCAAUACGAAGAUCUAUGUGGCCAGUAAGCCUAUGCCCUGCACGGCCACCACAGUGAACCAGUUGCAGAGUGCCAACCAGCAGCAACUGUUGCUCCAACAACCCGAUAUGCAAACAGUGCAGCCGCUGCAGCAGCAGCAACAGGAACAGGAACAGACGCCACUCCAACAGCAUCGUUCCACGGUCACACCUUUGGUGGGGGGAACUCUGCCCACACCUGUGCGACGGCAGAUAUUCUGGAACACCGCCCAGAUCUCGACCAGCACCAAAUUCGUACUUGAUGUUCAGGCCAACCUAGCCUUUGGUUUCGGCACCGACGGCAAGGAACGGCUGGCAAGCAAGCAUCCGGAACUGAUACGUUAUCUGCCCGAUGGCGAGGACAGGGAGUGGCUGGCCACGCGUGGCAUUAUUCCUGCAGAGAAUCGCAGCUCCCGUUUUCUGUUCCUCAUCUACGACGAGGUCUGCCGCCUGCAGCAGACACAUGACUUGUAUCGAAACAAGACCAACAUCGAUCUUUCCAUGAUGCUGACUUUUAGCGUCACAGAUGCCAUGAUCCACAAGAUGCGCCUCUUUUUUGUGGAUCUGAACAUCAAGAGUCGUGGCCUGAUAACCAACUCGUACAUCCUGCCCAACCAGCAGCAACAGCAGCAGCAAGCCCAGUCGGGUAGCGCCAACAACAGCCAUUUGAGAAACGCUCUACUCCAAGGAGCUUCGUCCCAGCAACAGCAGCAGCAACAACAGGUAGCCACACCGCCGGCUGAGGAUGCGGUGCUCAAGGAGAUGCCAGCUGCCUCGCCCACGCCUUGCCUCCAAGGCCAAGUGGUGGGUAGCACUACAACGCCGCUGAAGAACAAGCUGGCGGCGAGUUCUACGCUCAGCUCCUCGCAUGCCACGCUCACGGCGCUGCUGAACAAUGGAGGCGUGGUGGUGGGAGCAGCUUCUCCGGUCAAUUCCUCACCCAGCACAAGCGGAAAGUUUAGGAAUUAAGUGAAGUCAAUUGGGCCGAAGGGUUAGUAACUUAUUUAGUAGUUUUAAAUUAAAAAGAAAAUAUAUUUAAGCUAAUAGAUUUGCAUUAGUAUAUAAAAGAGUAAAAAAAGUAUCCAAGCGGAUGA